CUAUGUGAGUGUGAUUGUCUGAGUGGAGACAGGUGUGCUGGAGUCAAAGCAGAGUUCCACCAGCUGCAUCCCAUCCUGCAAUCAAGACUUCUUGCUCAGCCCAGCCCCAGCUUCUCCCUUGCUCAACACAACCAGCCGCCAGCCCGGUCCCCAUUAUAUACGCAGAAAUUUUACCGGUAAAGGGGUUGAAGCUCAAGCUGAAGCACAAACAUCCUCUCAUGCUGAUCCAGGAAAAUAAGUGUGCUGUUGGAAAUUGCUAUCUGGCUCCCUUGACAAAGAACAUAUAAAAGCUAUGGAAGAGGAGGUGGCCUUGUGUGCUUGGGAAUCUCUUUCAAUCCCUUCAGACUCUUGCUUGUUUCUCAGCAAGUACUAGCUCACCUCUGAAAAAAAUUUAACAACAUGGCACCAAAGAAGAUUGAACCAAAGAAACCUGAGCCAAAGAAGCCAGAACCUAAGAAAGAUGUGGCCCCAGCUGCUAAGCCAGCUCCACCUCCAGAGCCACAGCCUCAGCGUCCCAAGGAGCCUGAGUUUGACCCCAAAAGCAUCACUCUUGAGUACACUGCCGACCAGAUUGAGGAGUUCAAGGAGGCCUUCAACUUGUUUGACCGCACACCCACUGGAGAAAUGAAGAUCACUUAUGCCCAGUGCGGCGAUGUGAUGCGAGCUCUGGGCCAGAACCCUACCAAUGCAGAUGUGCUGAAAGUGCUUGGGAAACCACGGCCAGAGGACAUGAGCUCUAAAAUGGUGGACUUUGAGACCUUUUUGCCAAUGCUCCAACAUAUCUCCCGUGCAAAAGAUCAGGGCAAUUUUGAGGAUUUUGUGGAGGGGCUCAGGGUUUUUGACAAGGAAGGCAAUGGCACCAUCAUGGGAGCUGAGCUGCGUCAUGUGCUGGCAACACUGGGAGAGAGGAUGACAGAAGAUGAGGUGGACAGACUGAUGGCUGGACAGGAAGAUGCCAAUGGGUGCAUCAACUAUGCCUCCUUUGUAAAGCACAUUCUCUCUGGGUGAACGGGACAUUUAACCUAAAGACUUUAUUUUACUUCUGUUUUCUCCACUUUUCUGGAUCCAUGCUAAACAUUUGUCCAUUUAGAGGUGAGCAUGUCACUUAGUCUGUGACAUUAUUUUUACACCAUCAAAAGCAGAAGUUAAUGUUCUAAGAAGAAAUGUUGACCGCAAGACUUGUGAUUAGUACUAUUUAAUAAACACACGGAAAUAUAAUGAAAUGCCCAUGAGAUAAU